AUGUCGCUUCUCCUGGCUUUGAUCGGUGUUGUGGUCGGAGUGGUUGUUGCGAGCAACCUGCUGCUAAGGUGGAACGAGCUGAGGUACGGCAGGAGGCGGAAUGGGUGCCUACCGCCGCCGGGGACAAUGGGGUGGCCGCUGUUCGGCGAGACCACCGAGUUCCUCAACCAGGGCAUGAGCUUCAUGAAGGAGAGGAGGCUCAGAUACGGGAGGAUUUUCCGGACGCACGUCCUAGGGUGCCCCACGGUGGUGUGCAUGGACCCCGAUCUCAACCGGCGCAUGCUGCUCCAGGGCGAGUCCAGCGGCCUGGUCCCGGGCUAUCCGCAGUCCAUGCAAGACAUUCUCGGCCGCAACAACAUCGGUGCCUUGCAUGGCUCAAUGCACCGGUUCAUCCGCGGCGCCAUGCUCGGCCUCGUGCACCCUGCUGCGAUCCGAGCCAGCCUCCUUCCCAAGAUCGACGCCUUCAUGCGCUCCCACCUUGAUGGAUGGUCCGGCUCCGUCGUCGACAUCCAGGCAAAGACCAAGGAGGUGACCUUGCUAUCUAUGCUCAGGCAAAUCGCCGGCAUCACCGCUGGCCCGCUCUCUGAUGCCCUCAAUACAGAGUUCUGCACCCUUGUGCUCGGCACCAUCUCCUUGCCCAUCAACCUUCCAGGGACCAGGUACUACCAGGGCUUGCAGGCGAGGAAGAAGCUCGUGUCCAUGCUACAGAAGAUAAUCACGGAGCGGAGGUCCACUAUUCAAGCUCACGGUGACAUGUUGGAGGCUCUAUUGACAAGUGGCGAUGACGGGACCAGGGAAAAGCUCAGUGAUGAGCAGAUCAUUGACUUGAUCAUGACCAUUAUUUACGACGGGUAUGAGACCAUGUCGACGACCUCAAUGAUGGCUGUCAAGUACCUGUCCGACCACCCACGGGCUCUCCAAGAACUAAGGAGAGAGCAUCUUGAUAUUAGGAAGGGAAAAUCGCCGGAGGAGGCUAUCAACUACGAGGAUUUCAAGUCCAUGGCCUUCACUCGAGCUGUCAUCUUUGAGACGCUAAGAUUAGCCACAGUCGUGAAUGGGCUACUGAGAAAAACUACUCAGAAUGUAGAAAUGAAUGGGUUUGUCAUUCCAAAAGGCUGGAGAAUCUAUGUUUACACAAGGGAAAUAAACUACGAUUCGUUCAUGUACUCUGACCCGAUGACCUUCAACCCAUGGAGAUGGCUGGAGAAGAACAUGGAAUCACACCCACACUUCAUGUUGUUCGGGGGAGGUAGCCGGAUGUGCCCUGGGAAGGAGCUGGGCACGGCUGAGAUUGCAACUUUCCUACACUAUUUUGUGACUCGAUACAGAUUGGUUGGACCCAGACAGGGACGAUCAGAGUGUGAUUCCGCGCCAAUGAACGGAUUAGACCAGGCUUCAUCACCACAAUUUGAUGUUCCGUCAUGGGGUGUCGCGCCGUCAUCCUUAACACCAGUGGGAGAAGCGAAUGUGGCCGAAACGGAGCAGGGCGGUGCUGGGGAUGUUAUGGACAGGAUCAUGCGGCGGUGGGAGGACUGUGAUGCGGUCUUGAUCUGGGAGCUAGCGGAGGAGUUCCAGCGCCCAGUUGUGGAUGCAGAUGUGCUGGUACCGCUGUCCAAUGCAAGGGCUAUCCGAAAUGGUAGGAUGAAGCAGGGAGAACAUAUCAUGUGCAUUGCCCUUACUUGUGCACUAUUUAAGCCAUGGGAUAGGAAAUAUAAGGAGUGGAUCAUGCUGGCAGAGGGUAAAUAUGAGAUGCUCCUAUGGUCCAAAGCGAUCUCCGCCAUUUAA